AUGAAACUUAAAAAAAAAACCCCAAAAAAUACCAAACAUGCCAAACAUGCCAAACAUACUAAAAAAAACUAUGGAAAUGCCAAACAUACCAAAAAGAACUAUGAAAAAGGAAGUAUCAGUAAACGUAGCUACAAAACUGGAAGCAAAGCAAAUAACAAACUUGAUAAAAAACGUAUAAACAAAUUAAAUAAAAAUUCUGAACCAAAUUCAAAAAAAAAAUAUUCUUGGCUAUUUGAUAAAACUGCAAAAAAAAACGAAAAAAAAAGCGGAAAAAAAAACGGAAAAAAAAGUGACAGUGAUGAAGAUGUAGAAAAAAGUGACAGUGGCAGUGGCAGUGGCAGUGAUAGUGGUGGUGGGGAACCAAAAAAAGAAACAAAAAAAAAAUUCGUUUUAUAUAAAAAUCGAAAAAAAAAGGGAAAAGUUGUUUUAAGUUGUUUUCAAAAUCUAGGGCUAAGCAAACAAAUGUGUAAAAGUAUAAGCGCUAAUUUAAAAUAUAAUAGACCAACAAAUAUUCAAAAAUUAUGCAUUCCUAAAAUUUUAAAUAAAAAAGAUGUUAUUUGCGUUAGUGAAACAGGAUCUGGAAAAUCAUUAGUUUAUUUAAGCACAUUAAUAGAUAUAUUAAAAGAUCAUAAUAAAUUUUUUGGAAUUAGGGGUUUAGUAAUAUUACCAACAAAAGAGCUAGUUAUUCAAAUAUAUAAAUUAGCAAAAAAAAUAUGCACAAAUUAUUUUAAUUUAAAAAUAAAUAUAAUAAUAGGAGGAAUAAGCUUAUGCAAACAAUUUGAAAUUCUAAAAGAAAAUAUAGAUAUUCUUAUAUGUACGCCUGGAAGAUUUUCAUAUAUACUUGAUGAAACAAAACUAAAUUUGGAAAAAGUUGAAAUAAUUGUUAUUGAUGAAGCAGAUAGAUUAUUAGAAUUAAAUUAUUAUAAUGAUAUGAAUAAUAUAUAUAAAUGUAUAGGAAAUAAAAAUUUGAAUAAACAAACAAUAUUAGUUAGUGCAACUUUACCAACAAAUGUUGAAAAUUAUUUUAAAUUAAAACUAAAUAAUCCUGAAAUUGUUUUUAUUAAUUCAGAUCAUAAUAUAAGUUCACAAGUUAAUUUACAUUUUUUAUUUUGUAGAUCAUAUGAAAAAUAUGCUAUACUUAUUAAAUUAAUUUUAUUAUUUAAAAAACAAAAAUUAGGAAAAACUAUUAUUUUUUUUUGCACAAAAUAUCAUAUCUUAUUUUUUAGUAAAAUUCUUAAUUUUCUAAAAAUUAAACAUUCAAUCUUAUAUGGAAAUUCAGAUACAUCCUUUAGGUUUAACCAAAUUAAUAAUUUUACAAAAAAUGAAGAUAUACAAUUUCUUUUAGUUACAGAUUUGGCAUCUAGAGGUAUUAAUAUUACAUCUGUUCAAAAUGUUAUUAAUUAUAAUCUUCCAUUUUCUCCAAAAAUAUUUUUACAUAGAAUCGGUAGAGCAUGUAGAGUUGAUAACCAAUCAGGCUAUGGGGUUUCUAUCGUUACAUAUCAAGACAUUUUAUAUGCAUAUGAAAUAUGUUUUUUUAUUGGAAAAAAAUUAAAGUUUAUAAAAAAAGACGCAUCUAAUUCGUUUCCACGCCUGGGGGCGGAGCCGGAUCAAAAUUUGGAGAAAAAUUUGGAGAAAAAUUUGGACAAAAAUUUGGACCAAAAUUUGGAGAAAGAUAUGGAGAAAAAAUUGGACCAAAAGUUGGACGCCGAUACAAACACAUUAAAGGCAGAAAUGGAGGCGACUAAAAACGGAAAAAAAAAUAGUGUAUACUUAGGAGCAAUACAUAAUAUAAGCGACCAUUUAGAACUUAUAGAUCAUGUUAAAAAAAUAGAUAGCGAAUUAAUAACACUAAACAAAAGUAUAGAAAUGUCAUAUAAAUUAUAUUAUUCUAUGCGUCCAAAAGUAUCAAAAUAUUCAAGUACCAAAUUUAUAAAAAAAAUUAAAAAAAUUGGAGGUAUAUACAAGUUAUGUUUGCUUACCCACCCAAACCCCAUUUAUGAUGCAUCGGAAAAGGAGGAAGCAAACGAGGAAGAAGCGGAAAAGGGUGAAGCGGAAAAGGGUGAAGCGGAAAAGGGCGAAGCGAAGAAGGGCGAGACAAAAAAUAAGAAUGACCAAGUUAUGAACGAAAUAGAUAACGUUUUUGAAAAUUUAACAAACUAUUUAAAAAAUAAUGCAAAUUCUCAAAAAAGUGAACAAAAUAUAAGCGAUUCGGGCAAUUCGGAUCGUAUUAACACAAGCCCUGAAAAUCAAUUAACCAAUGAAUCUAACUUAGAAGCAUACGUAGACGCAAAUAUGAACCAACAAACUUCUCAAGACUUUCCACAAAAUUAUGUAGAAUCUUUUUUACAUGAAUUUCAAUACAAAAGUAAUACCAAAUUAAAAAAUAUAUCAGAAGAAAUUAAAGAAAAACUUAAUAGAUUAAAAGAAAAAAUAAAAAAAAAUAAAAACAUAAAAAAUAAUUACAUGUCAAACGAUAUUAAUGGUCUAUUAGAAACAAUAACACUUGGACUUAAUAAUGAAGAAAUUCAAAAGUGGGAAAAUGAAGAAUUAGAAUAUAAUAACAAUUUUGAUAAAACAAAUAUGUUAGAUGAAAAAAAAAAAAAAAAAUUAAGCAAAAGAGCUCAAAAAAAAUUAGAAAAAAAAAAUACAAACCAACUUGAUGAUAUACAAAAAAAAAAAGACAUAUCUUUAGAUGAAAUAUUAAAAAAAAUAAAUGAUAAAAAAAUGAAAAGAGAUUCUAAUAAUAAACUAUUAGAAUUAAAUGCCCCUGGUUUUGAUUUACCUCCAGAUGAAGAAGAAGAACUAAAUAAACAACGUUUUGUUAAAAAACAAAUUUGGGAUAAAAGAAAAAAUAAAUUUGUAUUAACAGAAAUUGAUCAAUUCCAAGAUAAAAAAAUAAAUAAAAAAAUAGAUCCCAAAUCAACAUCUGAUAAAAAUACAACUAGUAUAUAUCAAAAAUGGGUAAAGCGAACAAAAAAUAGAAUCAAAAAUGUUGGAGAAUUAGAAGAUAAUUAUGAUAAUAAAAAACGAAAUAAAAUUAAAGAAAUAUAUAUAGAAAAUCAAAAAAAUUAUGAAGAAGAUGUGAAACAAACAAAUCUUAAAGUACUAAAGGAAACACAUCCUGAAAUAACUGAAGCAUUAUCUAAAAAUAUAAAAUUAACAAAAAAACAACAAAGAAUAUAUAAAAAAUAUAUUACUGGAAAAUAUAAUAAUCAAGAUACCAAUGAAUUAAAAACUUUAAAUCAAAUUCAACACGAUAAAAAAAUACAAUUAAAAAAAAGACUCAAAACAGAUCGAAAUUUUAGGGCAAAAUAUUCUCAAAUGAUGAAAAAAAAACAUCAACGCAAACUCGAGGAAAUGAAAAAUUUGAAAAGUGCCCGAUCGAGAUCUUUGGCCAUUGUUAGAAAGAAGAUCAAGAAAUAA